AUGGUAGGAAUGGUCCAUGGAUACAAAGGGGUCCAGUUCCAAAACUGGGCCAAGACCUAUGGCUGCUGUCCAGAGAUGUACUACCAGCCCACAUCAGUGGAGGAGGUCAGAGAGGUGCUGACCCUGGCUCGGCAGCAAAACAAGAGAGUGAAGGUGGUAGGUGGCGGCCACUCGCCUUCAGACAUCGCCUGCACGGAUGGCUUCAUGAUCCACAUGGGCAAGAUGAACCGGGUCCUCCAGGUGGACAAGGAGAAGAAGCAGGUAACAGUGGAAGCUGGCAUCCUCCUGGCAGACCUGCACCCACAGCUGGACAAGCACGGCCUGGCCAUGUCGAAUCUAGGGGCGGUGUCCGACGUGACAGUUGCUGGCGUCAUUGGGUCCGGAACACACAACACAGGGAUCAAGCAUGGCAUCCUGCCCACCCAGGUGGUGGCCCUGACCAUGAUGACGGCUGAUGGUGUCGUUCUGGAAUGUUCCGAGUCAAGCAAUGCAGAUGUGUUCCAGGCUGCACGGGUACAUCUGGGCUGUCUGGGCGUCAUCCUCACCGUGACCCUGCAGUGUGUGCCACAGUUCCACCUGCAGGAGACGUCCUUUCCGUCGACCCUCAAGGAGGUUCUGGACAACCUGGACAGCCACCUGAAGAAGUCAGAAUACUUCCGCUUCCUCUGGUUUCCUCACAGUGACAACGUCAGCAUCAUCUACCAAGACCACACCAACAAGGCCCCCUCCUCUACAUCUAACUGGUUUUGGGACUAUGCCAUCGGGUUCUACCUAUUGGAGUUCUUGCUCUGGACCAGCACCUUCCUGCCAUGCCUCGUGGGCUGGAUCAACCGCUUCUUCUUCUGGCUGCUGUUCAACGGCAAGAAGGAAAGCAGCAACCUUAGCCACAAGAUCUUCACCUAUGAAUGUCGCUUCAAGCAGCACGUCCAAGACUGGGCCAUCCCCAGGGAGAAGACCAAGGAGGCCCUGCUGGAGCUGAAGGCCAUGCUGGAGGCCCACCCCCAUGUGGUAGCCCACUUCCCUGUGGAGGUGCGAUUCACCCGAGGUGACGAUAUCCUGCUGAGCCCCUGCUUCCAGAGGGACAGCUGCUACAUGAACAUCAUCAUGUACAGGCCCUAUGGCAAGGAUGUGCCUCGGCUAGACUACUGGCUGGCUUACGAGACCAUCAUGAAGAAGUUUGGAGGCAGACCCCACUGGGCAAAGGCCCACAAUUGCACCAGGAAGGACUUUGAGAAAAUGUACCCUGCCUUUCGAAAGUUCUGUGACAUCCGUGAGAAGCUGGACCCCACUGGGAUGUUCUUGAAUCCGUACCUGGAGAAGGUGUUCUACUAG